AUGUCGUCUUCCGCCCCCGACGACACUCAGGUUUCGCGCCUCGACGCCGAUCAAAUCUCGACGCGCAGUUCAAACUACGCCUCAGACAACGACACCGACACCGAUUCUACCGAGACCCGCAUCCAGCGCAAUAAAGAAAAGCAAGCUAUCCGUCUUCUCGCCUUCAUCUCAGCCAACAUCAUCGCCCUCGCUUGCGGUUCCAUCGUCGUAUUCUCCCUCUACGCGCCGCUUCUACAGUCCCGUCUACACUAUUCCCAGUUCCAGGUCAACGCAGUCGCCAUCUCAGGCUCUGUCGCACUGUACCUUCCUAUUUCGGGCGUCGGAUAUAUAUGCGAUCGCGUUGGUCUAAAGCCGCUUGCGCUGACGGGAGGAAUCCUGUUCGGUAGCGGUUAUGGCCUCGCGGCGGGCGUUUACAGGAAGCUGGAUCUUGAGUAUCGUAGUCAUCCUGAAUAUCGGGUCGAUAACGACUGGUCGCUUCCCUUCUUGAUGCUGUCGUUUGUCUUUGUCGGUGUGGCGACUUGCUGUCUUUACAUGGCCGCUGUGUCGUCUUGCGCAAAGAACUUUGGAAAGGGUCGAUACCGAGGUUUGGCGCUGGCUACGCCCAUUACUUGUUUCGGCUUGAGUCCCAUGUGGUUGAGUCAAGCAGGAACUCGUCUGUUCACCGAGACACGGCCUGAUGGUAGCAAGGGCGACUUGGAUGUCUUCCGCUUCUUCCUCUUCCUCGCGGCCCUCACCUUUUCCAUGGGUAUCCUGGGUACCUUUACACUGCGUGUCGUAGAUGAAGAUGAGCUCAUCGACGAAGCCAUCGAAGAGCUAGAACAAAGCGGUCUGCUCGACGGCAGCUCUCUACUCGGCCGGUCCGAGCGGAGCUACGGUGCAACCGGUGAAGAAACAGAGAGCUCAGCGCUGCUUGACCCGUCGAAAGACAAUGCCAAGUGGAAGAAGAACUGGGUUCUUAACGCUGAAACGCGUUCGUUUCUUGCCGAUCGUACCAUGUGGCCGUUCGCUCUCGCUUUCUUGCUCAUUGUUGGGCCGGGCGAAGCUUUCAUCAACAACCUUGGAACAAUUAUUGGAACACUUACACCGCCUGAGAUGGAGGGUUGGAGCCACCGUACCUCUGCGGCGACGCAUGUAUCCAUAUUUGGUAUCACCAACACCGCCUCGCGAAUCUUUAUUGGUACAUUAACAGAUUUACUGGCACCGUAUCCCCAUACACAGCAUGUUCAAGGACCAUCGACACGUUCUGCAGUGAGCAGUCGUUUUUCUAUUUCCCGAGUCGCCUUUAUGGCCUUUUUCGCAAGCAUGCUUUCCAUUGGUCUUCUCAUUCUAGCCUCAGGUUUAGUUCAGAACCACGCAGAGCGCUUCUGGCUUGUGUCUGGCCUUGUGGGUGCAGGAUACGGUGCCAUCUUCAGCCUGACUCCUCUUAUGGUGACGAUUAUCUGGGGUGUUGAGAAUUUCGCUACCAAUUACGGUCUCAUUGGCAUGCUUCCGGCUGCCGGAUCGACAUUCUGGGGACUCGUUUACUCAGCGACGUAUCAGAACGGCGCGAACAAGUCAAAGGCAGGUCCGGAGGGUUCAGACCGGGAUGAUUUGUUCUGCUACGGAGAGCAGUGUUAUGCUCCGACAUAUUGGGCAGAGACUAUCACAGUUUGGAUUGCUGUGGGAUUGUUGCUUUGGGCGUGGAAGGCUGCGUUGCCUGUUCUUCUGGCAGCUACUUUCACGGCGUAUCCUGAUGUGUUUGGUAAAUCGGCACCAGAACCUGCGCCUUCUGUGACGAUUAAACAGGGCACCAUCAUCGGGAAAUUCGUUGAUGAUGGCACGUUUCCUAAGCCGCUGGAAGGGUUCAUGGGGAUUCCUUAUGCUGUCCCUCCAGUUGGUGAACGACGGUUCAAACAUGCUGAGCCAGUAGGGGCAAGUAAUGAAACCAUUGAAGCCUAUUACUUGGGACCUAGAUGUCCUGGAAUACAACUCGUUCCUUUCCUCAAAGAUCCCAUCCUUGGUCCAGACUACGAAUCAGAGGAUUGUCUCACCAUCAACGUCUGGCGGAAGAAAGGCCAUACUCCAGAAAAGGGGAAGUUACCAGUCGCCGUCUUGAUCCCAGGCGGUGCAUUCAAUCGCGGUGCAGCCCGAAUGCAUAAUUCACAUACCAUGCUUGCGUUCUCCGAAGAACCGUAUAUUGCUGUCAGCAUGCAAUACCGCAUCGGUGUGUUCGGCGGCUUGAACACUGAGUUGACCGCCAAAGACGGUCUUUUGAAUCUUGGAUUGAAGGAUAUGUAUGUUACACUUGAGUGGGUGCAGGAAAAUAUUGGGGCGUUUGGUGGUGAUGCUGAUGAUGUUACUAUCAUGGGUUUGAGCGCUGCUGCUCAUGGUAUUGGACAUCUGAUCAUGGAUAUAAAUCAGCCGAAAAAGCUCUUUCACAAAGCGAUAAUGGACUCAGGCGCUCAUACAGCGCGCGCAGUUCAUCCACCAGAUGCUUCUCUCAACUCACAGCAUUUUCGCGAGCUCUUGGAUCUGACGCCAUGCGCGCACUUUAAGAAUCUCAAAGACCCCAAGAUCCUAACGUGCCUGCGUGGUCUUCCUUCUGAAACGGUAGACAAGGCAGGAAAGGAAGUCUUUACACGCUCAGAUCCUUCUAUUCGCUGGGCUUGGCAGCCUGUCAUUGACAACGACAUCAUUUCGCGCCGACCGAUUGAGGCAUGGAAGUCUGGAAAGUUCAACAGAGUUCCUAUUCUUACUGGAUCGGCGGCGAACGAGGGUGCUUAUUAUGUCCCGCUAAAAGCCGAUAACCCAGACGAGUUUACGGGUUUCUUUAAGAGUCUUUUGCCGCAUCUUACGAGCUCUGAAGUUGCGGAGCUGGAGAAGUUGUAUCCUGAUCCUUUAACACACCCUGAUUCACCGCAUGUUGAUACACGCGGUAUUCCUGGUGUAGGAUCACAGUACAAACGACUCGAAACUGCUUACGGACACUACGCAUACACAUGUCCCGUACGCCAAACGGUUAUCUGGGCAACAUACCAUGAGUCUGCGCAACCAGCAUACCUCUACCACUGGGCUCUGAACAAGACUGCUUUAUUUGGCGCCAAUCACGGCGACCAGAUGAGAUAUCAGACGUUUAACAGAGAAGUCCGCGAGAUAUCACCUGCGCAGAGGGAAGUAUCAGGGCAGUUUCACGCGUACUGCACGAGUUUUAUCACGAAGGGUGGUGAUCCGAAUGCCAUAAAGGGAAAGUUUGCGCAUAGACCGGAAUGGACGUCUUUUGAGAAUGGGAAGGGCAAGACGAUGAUUCUUGGGAGGGGGAAUGAUGAGAGGGCUGGAGGAGUUGGGGUUGGAAAGGCGGCUGAACUGGUGGAUUUUACAUGGGGGGAUGAACAGUGUGAGUUUUGGUGGAGGGUUUCUAGUAAGUGGGAGGACUAG